AUGGGCAGUCUCCAAGACCAUAGAACUCUUCCCGCUCUCAGUCAUGAAGAGUGGCCAAUGCUGCCUCCUUCAACACCAGUCUUCAAUCCUCCAGCUAAGCCUAGUAAGAAAUUUCGGCGUCGCUCCCGUUCCUCAAUCACGGACAUCCACGUCAAACCGGGGGAUUCGAAAAUUACAACAUCGCACAAAUAUCCCUGCCGUACCGUAUCAGGAGAGGAGCGUGUCUGGAGAACCGGACAGGAUGCCAUGACCUAUAACGCAUGGCUAGCGAAAGAGAAAGAGCUAGACAAUGCCUUUCGCAUCUGGAAAGAGACAGGCAACGGCAAACGUGAGAUCGCGGAGGUUUAUGCUCGCUUUCCAGGUUUGCGGCUUACAUCCAUGGGUUCUGACGAUGUUUCCUGGUUUGUGAGGGAGAUGUCUACCCCAGGUACACUAUUGCGCAAGAUGUGGGACGAUUCCACCAGCAACAAAGACACCGAAUCCGGCUUUUCCGUAAUACAGAUGAAGCUUUUGCUACUCUUGACAUCCCCUGAGCGAUGUCUUGGUCCCACCGCGAUGUGGUGCGAGUGGGAACACUUGUUUCCCUUCUACCGUGGAAGAACAGAUUUGCUGUGGAGUAUGGUUUAUUCAGGCGGUCCCAUCUUCAGGGACGAUGAGCAAACAAAUGGCUACCACUGUCUUUUCCCCCACUACGGAUACUUGGAAGGUAACAUUCUUAGUUGGCCUGUUCGACCCAAUUGUGCAGUGGAUGUCUUACCAUUUCGGUAUCAUCAGGCCAUCACUCUUCCACCGGGUGAGGAGAGUAUGAUCUUCACGAACCGUUACGAGCUGCAUGAGCAGCUGUACCGUGAUGCACCACCAUACAUUGCAGAGAGCUGCAUAUAUCCAGGAAAGACUGCGAAUGGUCUAUCCGACAUGCCAGCAGAAUUACUCAACAAGAUCUUCAAGAAUGUGGGUUUGUUCGAAGGCCCGGUGCUCAUGGCACUAAGUUUCCGGAUUCAUAGCGAUGAUCGUAUAUGUUUUCGCUGUCGACUGGUGCCUCCAAGCCACCGUGCCUGGGUCGGAGGUAUAGCGAACUAUGACUGGACAGUAUCCGAUCUUGAUUUCGAGAGAAUUCCCAAGGUUCUGUAUCUGCGUCACGUCUGCCGCAUUUGGGGCGACAUGAUCCUCGACGUAUUCUUUCAGAACACUUUCGUCUUCCAGUACGAGCGAGCUAAUCUCAUGGCAGAUUCAAGGUCCCAGGACUUAUGGAUCAUUUCUACAUCCAUGAGAGAGGACCGAUACAACCUAGCCAAUUUCAAUAUCCGUUUCAUCCCUGUCAUGGAAAACGAGGUGACACGACCGCUAGUAGAGGCUGACGGCAUUGGCUUUACAUACGAAGAAGAAUCGGUUCACCUCGGAGCCAGCUGUGACGCAGACAGAAUGGUCUUUGGCACUGACUCUCCUUGGUACCGAAUUUCUGAUAGGACCAAGAUCAACGAUCAAUUAUUCCGGGAUAGUAAUAGUCAGCUGAUUGUGCGAGCAUUCCGACUAAGAUUCAAUAUUGGUACUCCCAUAACAGAGCUUUCCACGCAAUGGGUCUCGGACAUUUUCCAAUGCUUGCAUCAGAGAGGCAUCGCAGGCAAGCAGGAUAGCGGUAACACCUUGGUGCUCGGUCGAAAUGCCGAAAGCAAAUGA